AGUUCCCGUGUGUUCGGAUGUCUUCGGCAGCGCUCGGAUCCCGGUCCUCCAUCUUGUUGUGCAGUGUGUCGAAGCCGGACGCAGAGCUCAUUGUUACCGGAGGACUUCAGAGAUGGACGGGAUAAGUGAUGUUGCUGUUGGUGUCAAGAGAGGAUCAGAGGAGCUGAGCAUGUACAGCAGCCCCAACUCGGGGGUGAGCAGUAUCAGUGAUGGCACCUCUAACGGCAGUGACAGCAAGAAGCAGAAGGUGGAGGAAGCUCCUCCGUCGCGCGUCCUCCACAUCCGGAAGCUGCCCAACGAGGCGUCUGAGACGGAGGUGAUCGCGCUGGGCCUGCCCUUCGGGAAGGUCACCAACAUCCUCACUCUCAAGGGGAAGAACCAGGCGUUCCUGGAGAUGGGCACAGAGGAGGCGGCCAUCACUAUGGUGAACUACUACAGCACGGUGACCCCUCACGUCCGCAACGUCCCCGUCUUCAUCCAGUACUCCAACCACAAGGAGCUGAAGACGGACGCCGGCAACCAGCGGACCCAGGCGGUGCUUCAGGCGGUGUCGGCCGUGCAGUCCGGCGGCUCCCCCAGCUCAGACGUGCAAGAGGCCCUGGCGGCCGCCUCCAGCCCCGUGCUGCGCAUCAUCAUCGACAACAUGUUCUACCCCGUGACUCUGGACGUCCUGCAACAGAUCUUCUCCAAGUUCGGCACCGUCAUGAAGAUCAUCACGUUCACCAAGAACAACCAGUUCCAGGCUCUGCUCCAGUUCAGCGAUCCCGUCAACGCCCAGCAGGCCAAACUGGCUCUCGACGGUCAGAACAUCUACAACUCCUGCUGCACGCUGCGCAUCGACUUCUCCAAGCUGGUCAACCUCAACGUCAAGUACAACAACGACAAGAGCCGGGACUACACGCGGCCCGAGCUCCCGGCGGGGGACGGCCAGCCCAGCAUGGACCCGUCCAUGGCUUACAGCAAGGACUCCAACUCCCUGCUCGGUAAGAUCCCAGGAGCAAUGAACCCACUGAGUGCUGCUGCGGCGGCGGCGGCGGCGGCCGGACGUGUGGCCCUCGGGGGCCAGGCCGGCUCCAGCGGGGUCCUGCUGGCCAGCAACCUCAACGAGGAGAUGGUUACGCCCCAAAGUCUGUUUACCCUCUUCGGGGUGUACGGCGAUGUCCAGAGGGUGAAGAUCCUCUACAACAAGAAGGACAGCGCGCUCAUCCAGAUGUCUGACGGCAACCAGGCUCAGCUAGCCAUGAGCCACCUGAACGGGCAGAAGAUGUACGGCAAGAUCAUCCGCGUGACGCUGUCCAAGCACCAGACGGUGGCGCUGCCCCGCGACGGGCUGGACGACCAGGGCCUGACCAAGGACUUCGGGAACUCCCCGCUGCACCGCUUCAAGAAGCCCGGCUCCAAGAACUUCCAGAACAUCUUCCCGCCCUCGGCCACCCUCCACCUCUCCAACAUCCCGCAAGACGUGAGUGAAGACGACCUGCGCCUCCUGUUCACCAACGGGGGCGGGGCGGUGAAGGCCUUCAAGUUCUUCCAGGACCACAAGAUGGCUCUCCUGCAGAUGACCACGGUGGAGGAAGCCAUCCAGACGCUGAUGGACCUCCACAACUACAACAUGGGGGGCAGCCAGCACCUCCGAGUGUCCUUCUCCAAGUCCACCAUCUAGACGGCGCUCGUCCACCUUCUGCUAGUUUGAUUUGAGUACAGUGUGAUGUUUUUGUUUUUGAUCUUCAUUCCUUGAGAGAUUGCCCCCCCCCUUCUAACCUUAGUUCAUUGAAGAGACGUCGAUGUGUAGGUGUUUCUGCUCCGUACCUCCACACUCCUGUUGUGACGCACUGAGGUCCCUCCUUUUUCUACUCCCCUUCUCCGUAAGGUCCGUGGCUCCGUGAAUUAGACCCCGUUUCCGUUGAUAAGAUACUCCCGUGCCUUACUCAACAAUAUCAACUGUUCUCCGGCCCCCCACACCACACCGUCACCUGGUCCCGUGCCAAAGCACGGAUACCUUAGGAACCGUUUUCUAUUUAACCGCGCUGACUCGCUGUAGCAUUUCUGUGCCACGUAUUUUUCUUUCUUUCCCCCUUCAAUGGUUCAUUGCACAUGGCGUCACCUGUUGUCAUUGGCCCCACCUGCUUCCUCCGGCCCCUCCCCGGCCCGCACACCCUCCGUGUUUCACACCACCUGUGUUUUUUCAGACACGCCGCUUGCUGAAAGUGAACCAAUGUACGCCUCAGUCGAGUGUAAAGAGUUGACAAUUCAUUUGUAAUCUGAGUAAGAACGCGGCCUGCAAGCGUAUUGUUUGGUCUUGAGUUACCUUCCAUUCUUUUUGCUGUAGCUACUUGAUGUAACUUUAAAUGUGACAAUGGGUUUUAUAAGCAUGUAUAGUCGUUUAGACUCUGCAAUAGGAAAGUGUUGCAUGCUUUGGAAGCGAUGGCAGCAUUAAGUCCACUGUGAUGUCAUGUCAUGUGACAGUUUACUGAGGAGAAGGCUACUUGGUAGGACCAAAGUUUAUGUGCCUUUAGUGUUUCUUUCCUAUUUAAUUUUAACAAGAACAAAAACAUUUUACAUAAAAACUGCUUAUAAAAAUACUUGGUUUAUUUCCUUCAUGUUGUAUUUGGGGGUGUGAAACAUUAUCUUGACCUUUUAACGGAAAAAAAAAACUGCAUCCACUGGAAAUGGGUUUUGUUAAAAAAACAGUAUAUUUUCUAUACAAGUCUCUUUUUACACCUUGAAAUGUAAGGAUUCAGUAUAGGUCGGAAGAGGCACAAUUAAAAGCAGACUUUUUUCUAA